UCGGACGUUAACAAGGUUGCAGGGGCGGGCUACGACUUAUAGAGAAAACAUCUGUUGAGCAAAGCAGGGCAUAUUGCAAUGGCAGAAAGUAAUCAAGUCGUGAUGUUCCCUUUCAUGGCGCAGGGCCAUUUCAUUCCUUUCCUCACCCUGGCCAAGGCGCUUGCCUCCCAAGGCCUCACCGUCGGUUUCCUCACCACCACUGCCUCUGCCCCCAAAUUGCAAUCACAGGCGCUUGGAUCCUCCAUUCGUUUUGUUCCUCUUUCUCUCCCGCCCAUUCCCGGGCUCCCCCCUGCCUACGAAAGCACUGAUGUUCUUCCCCCCCUCGAGGGCGUGUUGCUCUUUAUAUAUUCCCACAAGCUUUCCCAGCCAUUCGAAGACUGGCUUUUGCAGGUCACGGCAGAGACGUCACGGAAGCCCGCCUGCAUCAUAAGCGACGUUUUAUUACCCUGGACAGCACAAUCGGCUUCCAAAUUCGGGAUUCCGUGGGUGGUGUUCCACACAACAGGGGCCAUGGCGGCUUCUCUUCAGCAAUACCUAUUUACAGAUCCAGUGUCAGAAAUAAUAGGCGACCGCCAAAUCAUAGAGAUCUUGCCUCAUAUGCUGAGAAGCGAGUUUGCCUAUUUACCUCCUGUGCUUCCCGGGAUUCAGCAGGCUUAUGGCUUUGCCAAAGAAAGAUGCUCUGCAACGCUUAUCAAUACUUUUGACGGGCUCGAAGCAGAGUAUGUGAAAUAUUUAGAGGAAUCCACGGAUAAGCCCGUGUGGAGUAUAGCAUCUCCUCUGCACAAACCCCAAUUUGGGGUCGACAAUGAAUCGGAGUUCAUCCGUUGGCUGGACACACAAAAGGAAAACUCCGUCCUUUAUAUCUCGUUUGGAUUUCAGGGUUUUCUUUCGGAAGACCAAACGAAAGCCCUUGCCAGGGGCAUUGCAGCCAGUAAUCAGCCUUUUAUUUGGUCGAUUAAGGAUCCAGUUGGAAGCCAGGUUAAUUCCUGCGAUUUUCUUCCCGAGGGUUUCAUCGAAGAAACAAGAGACAGAGGAAUGGUGAUCCAUGGGUGGGUUCCUCAGCUGCUAAUUCUGUCCCAUCCUUCGACUGCGUAUUUUCUGAGUCACUGUGGAUGGAACUCCACAUUAGAGGGUAUAAGCGCUGGAGUUCCAAUGCUGGCCUGGCCCUUGAUGUUGGACCAAUUUGCUAAGUUCAGGCUUGGAUUGCAGCUCUGUGAGGGAUUUGAUGCCAUUACCAGUAGUUAUGUUGUAGAAAACACAGUAAAGACAGCCAUGACAGCGGAAAUUGGAAAAGAAAUGUGUCUACGCGCACUGCAAAUUAAGGAAUCCAUUAAUGAAGCGUCCUGCAAGUUAAGCGUUAAAUCUUUUGUAUCUUACAUCCUCAGCCACGGCUUAGAUGAAGAUAAGUGAA